AUGGCGGAUAUACUUUGUCGAUUAUGUGCAAAUCUAUGCAUUGGUAGUGGCUACAAGAAUCUUUACGACGAUAUUGAAGUAUACGAAGUUACAACCAAAUAUUUUGACCCCAUGUUCCUCAAUUCCAAUUACCAGAUUGGUACAAUAUGUUUGAAAUGUUGGUAUCGUAUGAAUGACUUUGAUAAAUUUCGGCAAACAUCAAAUGUUCUCCAAAAACAACAUAUGGAAAAGGAAAUCCAAAGUGGAAAUUAUCAACAAGUUUUCUGUCCAAUAUGCAAUUCCUUUUGUAACCGAAAGGUAGAAAUAAACGAUGAUACGUUGACUAGGAAAGUUGUAAUAAAAUAUUUCGGAUCAGUGAUUAUGAACGAUGGCUUAAAAAUAAGAAAACUUUGUGUUAAAUGCUGGACUCGAAUCUAUAAUUUUUACAAAUUCCAGGAGGAUGCAUACGAAGCACAAAACAAAUUUAUUAAAAAUGAAAUAGAAUAUGAUGCUGUUGAGAUAAGUGUAGAUUCGAAUCAACAUAUCAAACAGGAGAAUAUUUAUGAAGUAAAAGAAGAAACGGAAACAAAUUGCCUAAAUAAUUAUAUAAUUUCCACAAAAUGUGAAGAAUCUGGAGAGUACAAACAACACACCAUUGUACAACACAAUGUGAUAAUAAAAGAAGAACCCGAAUUACAAUUAUACGAUGUACAUGCGGAAAAUGCAUCUGAGCACAAUAAUAACAUUGAUUCUUCGAUGGAAGAUGAUGAUAGUGAUUAUGAUCCUUUGAAAAUAGCUGAUGAUAGAAGAAAAACUAUUUCAGAACUUGAUGCUAUCAUUGCCAAAUGGAGACCCAAUUUGGAGUGUUUAGUUUGUGGUGCGAUGCGUCCAACAUUUACACUUUUGCAAAAACAUUUUUAUGACACCCAUCCUAAUGUAAAAUGCCACAUAAUCUGUUGCCAGUGUAAAUUGAACUCGCACUAUUAUAUCGAGGAACAUUUACGUUACCAUGAAGAUCCUAAUAGCUUUAAAUGUAAAAUAUGUGGUCAUGUUAAUAUGACUAGACUUCGUUUGAAGCGACAUAUGGAUUAUUGGCAUUCGGAUAAAAAUAAUAAAAACAUAGCUGAAAAGGCAAAUGAGGAUCAAGAAAAACUAAUUUGCAAUGAAUGUGGAAAGUCUGCCAAAACAUUGGGUGCAUUACGAAAACAUAUGCACCGGCAUGAAGCAAAGCGUAAAUUUAAAUGUACGAUAUGUGAUAGAGGAUUUAGAGGUCGCACUGAUUUACGGACGCAUUUAGCAUCACAUGCAAACAAUACAUGCUUUAUUUGUUCAAUGCAAUUUAAGAAUAUUACAAAAUUAAGAGCCCAUCAGGCAGAAGCACAUACCAAUUUAAAAGAUCAAAACAUUAUUAAGAUAGAAAAUGAAUUCCAGUAA